AUGCGUGCUUCCAUCCGUGCUGCUUUGCUCGUCGCCGCCGCCGCCCUCGUGGCUCUCCAGGUUGCUCAGCCCGUUUCGGGUCACCUCGUCGACCGUGAGAUCUUCGAGAACGUCACUCCCACCCUCUACGACUACGCACGUCGUGCUGAGGAAGCUGGUCCCUCUGUUCUCCCCACCACAACCACGUCAAAAACCAACCCCACCGCCACUCCUGGUAGCAACUGCAAGGCCAACAGCGACUGUGCCUCUGGUGUCUGUGACCAGGGCAAGUGUGUUCCCAAAAAGAACACUGGUCCGAUCAACUCGUUCUGCACCAGUGACGACCAGUGCGCGACAUCCGGUUACUGCUACCGUGGUUCAUGCCAAUACAUCAAGCCAAGCGGUGCUAACUGCUACAAGGACUCUGGUUGCAUCGAUGGAAACUGUGUCAACAAGAGGUGCGUUGCCAACAAGUCGCUGCCCAACAACUCUGCUUGCACCAAGUCGACCCAGUGCCGAGACGGUAGCUUCUGCUCCAACAGCAAGUGUGAUACAAUCAAAGGUGUCGGAUCGUACUGCUACAAGAACCAGGGCUGCACUUCGGGUUUCUGUAUCAACAACAGGUGCUCUGGACGUGGCCUCGCCAACAACGGUCAGUUCUGCACUAACAACGCCAGAUGCAAGUCCAACUUCUGCUUCAGGAGUGCUUGCCGUGCUAAGCGUGCUCGUGGCCAGCCUUGCUCGCUUAACGACACUUGCAUCAGUGGCAGGUGCCGUCAGAACAGGACUUGCGCUUAA